AUGACUCUGCUGCUGCUGCCGCAGCAGCAGCAGCAGCGGCUGCUGAUGCAGUUGCUCCUGCAGUUUCUGCUGCAGUUGCUGCUGCAGUGGUCCCUGCUUCCGCUCCCUUGCGACAGAAGGCAAGAGGGGGGCCCCGGCAGCAGCAGCAGCAGCAUUGGCUUUGCUGCUGCAGCAGUGUCUGCUGCUGCUGCAGUCUUCUACCCUCUGUUCAAGCAGCAGAAGACACAAAAAAGAGGGGGAAGACCCUCAGAAUGCAGCAGAGGAGCUGCUGCUGUGUUGCUGCUGCAGCGGGAGGAGCAGCAGCUGCAGCAGCGGCAGCCGCGGAUGUGCUGCUGUUUGCGUGGCGCUGCUUCUCCUGGGGAGCAACCGCAACAGCAACAGCCACAGCAGCAGCAGCAGCAGCAGCAGCAGGAAGAUAAGAUGGCAGCAGCAGAAGGCCGCGUUCUGGCGCUGCAGUCGCAUGUAGUGAGGGGUCAUGUUGGAGCCGAUGCAUUCAGCUUCCCGCUGCAGCGGCUAGGCAUAGAUGUGGGGUGUAUAUACACCUGCCAGUUUGUAGAUUUGUUUGUACACGAGGGCCCCCAGUUGCAGGCAGAGAAGCUGAAGGUGUUGUUGCAGCAUUUGAAGCCUGAGAGCUUCAUGCUUCUGACGCCUGAAGCAGCAGCGGCAGCAGCAGCAGCAGCAGACGCGGAUGCAGCAGCGGCAGCAGCAGCAGCAGCAGCAGCAGAACCUCCCUUCCGCUACCUCGCCUCCGGAUUCGUAGGUACAGGAGAGCUGCUGCAGACAUUUGCUGCUUGGUUAGAGCCCCUUAAGAAGGCCUUAGGCCCUGCAGCGUCUCCUAUCUUUCUGUGCGACCCCGUAAUGGGUGAUGGAGGCCAGCUGUACGUACACCCCAACUGUGUUGAAGUAUACUGCAGCAAACUGCUGCCGCUAGCUGAUAUCAUCACACCCAAUCAGUUUGAAGCAGGGUGGAUCCUAGGACACCGCAAACAGCUGCAGCAGCAGCAGCAAAUCCAGCAGCAGCAGCAGCAGCAGCAGCAAGGGGAGAAAGCUGGCUGGAGACACAGCACCUGCGCUUGUGUAGAGCUAAAUAGCUGGAGCGAUGUUCUUGCUGCAGUCGAUGCUCUGCAUGAAGAAGGCCCCGAAGUUGUGGUACUCACGUCAGUGCAGUUUGCUGCUGCUGCUGCUGCUGCAGAGGCCCACCAAGUCCUUGCUGCAGCAGACCCCAACUACCACCAGCAGCAGCAGCAACAGCAGCAGCAACAGCAGAUCAAAGCUGAAGACUACUUGUUUAUUGUCGCCUCACGGCGGGCGCGGCAGCAGCAACGGUGUGCCCACCAGCAGCAGCAGCAGCAGGUUGCUGCUGCUGCUGAAGCAGCAGAUGUGCUGUAUGCCUUAUCAGUGCCCAUGAAGAAGGGGUUUAUAGGGGGGGCUGGUGAUCUGUUUGCUGCUGCUUUCUUAGCUUUCUUUAUUAGAGAGCAGUUUCAUCUCGGCCGCACUCUCACCAAGGCAGUAGCAGCUUGUCAGGGCUUGUUGAGUAUGAAUGGGUUGUGCUGCUGCCCUGCUGCUGCUACGCUGUACUUCGCUGUUAAAGCAAUUGCUGCUUCGUUGCAGUUCCUGCCGUUACACCGUGAGCCACAGGUCUUGAGGUCUGACCAGCAGCAGCAACAGCAGCAGCAACAACAACAACAGCAGCAGCAGAAGCAGCAACAAAACCGCGAGAUGCAGAAUGCUCCUCUGUUGCUGCUGCUCCUGCUGCUGCAGACGGUAACAGUAAACCGUACAUCAGCAGCAGCAGCAGCAGCAACAGACAACAAACACCCAGCAGCUGCAGCAGCAGCAGCAACCGCAACAACAACGAUAGCGGCAACGACAGCAGGAAACCCAAGUGGGGUUAAUGCCUAUGAGGGUUCCAACGUGUUCAGUGCUGCUGCUGCAGCGGCCUUGCAGCCGCAGCACCAACGGACCAGGCAGCAGCAAAAGCAGCAGCAGCAACAACAACAACAACAGCAAGUGCAUCUGCCCGGCUUGCUUCGGGCUGCUUUGCCUAGGCGCAUGGAUGGCUUGCUGCAUCUGCAGCAGCAACAACAAAAGCAGCUAGAACGGCACCAAUACCCGUUGCAGCAGCAGCAUCAGCUGCAGCAUCAGCUGCAGCAUCAGCUGCAGCAGCAGCAAGAGCAACAGCAGAUAUACAAGCUGCAGGAAGGGCCAUUGAGGAGUGCCGAUGCUGCAUUUGCUUCCCCUAUGGCAGCAAUAGCAGCAGCUGCUGCUUCUGUUGCUGCUUCUGCUGCUACUGCUUCUCCUGCUGCUGCACCCCCUCGGCAGCUCGCCGCUGCAACAACCACUCCCAAAUGCAGCAGCGGAGAAUAUCUUGACGUCCAACAGCGGGGAGCGGAUCCACUUCUGCUGACAGCUGCUUCUGCGUCUCUGUUUUUUACAUCCCCCCUUGUCUUUCCUGCUGCUGCUACUGUUGCGGCUGCUGCUGCUGCUGCUGCUGCUGCAGGGACGAAGCCUUCUAGCGACGAUCCGUCAGUGUGUGAGAAGUGCAAAGGGCGCAAGAGCUGGACUUCUGCUGCUUGGCUGCAGAUGAUGAUUGCUGCUUUUUUCCCGCUGCUGCUGCUGCCAGUGGCUGCGCUGCUGGGGAUUUGUUUGCAUGCUCUGCACGAACAAGCAGCAGCAAAAUAUCAAAGAGCAGCAGAAAAGCUCGCCCUCAACACAGACCUCUACAUUUCUGCUAGAAACGAAGCAGAAGAUAUCGCUGCGGCAAUUGUGAAGGAGCGCGAGCGGCUCCUGGCGCAGCCCCCCCGUCGGUUCACUGCACAAGAAGCAGCAGCGGCACCAGCAGCAGCAGCACCAGCAGCAGCAGCAGCACCGGCAGCAGCACCAGCACCAGCACCAGCACCAGCAGCCACAAGAGCAUCAGGAGCAGCAGCAGGUGCAAAACAAGGAGCAGCGGCAGGAGCAGUACCAGCAGCAGCAGCUGCAGCAGCAGCAGCAGCAGCAGCAGGAUCGGGAGUACAGCUUACUCGCAUACAACCAGAAUCAGCAGCAGAGGACAGAGAGAGGUCCGAAAUGACGCAGCAGCAACAGCAGCAGUUGCUGCAGCAGCAGCAAACAGCAGCACCGCCUCAGUUCACGCGUGCCCCGCUUCAUGCUGCUCCACCUGCUGCUAGUACUGCAGCAGCAGCAGCAAGCGGUGUGGGCCAUCAAACUACAGGCCGCUCGAAUACCGGACAGCAGCAGCAGAAUCCACCGCAGCAGCAGCAGGCUCAGGCGCAGCCCCCAGUGCUGCAGCAGCAGCCACAGCAGCAGCAGCAGCUUCUCGCAAGGCAGCAGCAACACCCUGGAAUAAGAGUAACACAGAAAGCAGCGAGUGUAUCAUCAAAGAGCGAGGAGUCUGUUGCUGCUGUUGCAUCUGUGAUUGAGGACAUAGAGGAGCGAGCAAAAGCAGCAGCAGCAGCUGCUGCUGAAGCAGCAGCUGCAGCAGCAGAAAAGAAAGGGGCCAGAUGGAGAAAGAGUCAGUGGAUUCUGGGAGCCUGGGCUGUGCUGCAUCAUCUCCUUAUCGUCCCUAUUGCGCAAAUGCUGCUGUGGAGCUGCUGCACGAGAGAUGCGCUGCAGCAGCACCCCGAAUAUCGUUAUUUGCUGCUGGACCAAUCUGUUACUCCUUCGAUGCUUGGGGGGCAGCAGUUUGUGAUUUGCAUGCUAAUUUUGUGGCUUGUGCUGCUGCCUUUAACAGAAAUAGGCAUUUUAUUUUGGCUUAGGAGAAGCGGGAGACCAGUUAUUGAAGAGUGUCCGCUGACGGCGGGUUGGUUUUUGUCUGGGUUUACAGAGCAAUAUUUUUGGUGUCUGCCGGUCUAUGUUAAAAAGAAAAACGUAAUUGCGUCGCGCUCAGCGAGGUCAUCAUUAGGUGUUGCGCUGCUGCUGAUGUGUACGGCCUUCUACAACGACUCCCUCCCAACGGAAGCAGGCAGAAUUGUCCGUACACCCGAACCUCCGGCUGACCUUCAGAUGACCCAUGAGGGUGACCUUAGGCCGAUAGUUCAGUUGGAUAGAAUGCCCGGCUACGGACCGGGUGGUCGUGGGGUUGUGCGUCGUCUGCGACAUCGCUUCAAAGCAGUUCGUCAGUUUGUGGAUUUCUUUCGUUUUGCAAAGACGCGUUUAGAGGCCUUUCGCUCCCCCGAUAUGGAGGAGCUUGUAGAGAUGCAUGAACUCAAGGGCAACCUCAAGUUGGAGGAGGCAGAGAAGGAAGGCAAAGAGGACCUGAGCCGACGUCAUUGGCGUCUGGGUCUACGAAACCCUCAGCUGGAUCUCCACAGAUUAGCAGCACAACUAAACAGAGCGCAGCUGCAAGAGGGCGAGGUGUACAGACACCUCACGCGUCUCAUGCUACUGCCUAGUGCUACACCCGACGUCAAGGAAACCCUCAUAUCCGCCGUCAAGAAGGUCAAGAGCAAACCAAGAGCCCUGGCGGCGCUGUUGCAUUUAACGCUCGUGGAGAAUUUCCCCACCAUAGACGCAAUGGAGGCCUUCAAGAUCCUUAAGAAAGACGGAUUCGACCCGAAUGAGGUAGCAGCUGCAUGCGAAGGUCUGCUGCGGCUUCGGCAGGAGCUGCACAAGCACUGCGAGAGACAGCCUGCGUCUGAGUUAAAGGAGACAUAUAUAAUGGGGUGGCGUUUGGGGCUGCUGCGCUAUCCUUCUUUGCAAGACCCCACUCUUUGUCUCUGUCAAACGAAGACAAUCAAAGACAGAGAAAUUCAAGCAGCAGAAGAAAAAGCAAAAGUCCCAAGCUUAGACCCCAAACACCCUGCAGACGAAGACAUCAAAACCCUACUCCCUCAGGAAGCUGUUCGAAUGGUGUUGCACUGCGGCCUGUUAGACAUCUCGGAUUUCGACUUCGAGGUGGCCAGAGAACUGCCGCGCACACGGUUCCUUGCAAGCGGCCUCGACGAGGAAGGCCGACUCAUUGAAGGCUAUGAAGAGGAGGAAGAGAAGAGAAGGGAAGAACUAACAGAACAGCUCAAGGACAUAGCCCGGACAGCGGGGGCAGCGGUGCCUGCGAAGCCUGCUGCUGCAGCAGAGUUUAGUGCUGCUGCUGCGCUGUUUGAUUUUGCUGCUGCUGAGCCGGAAGCGCUGCAGCAGAAGCGCCGCAUAGAAAGGGCAAUGGAGUUACGAAAAGACUUUCUUUUUGUUUUUCCUCUGGCUCUUCCGGUUGUAAACCCCGCGACUGGGGAGGUCAUCUCAGCAGCAGCAGAGCAGCAGCUGCUGCAGCUGCAGGCGCAGCAGCAGCAGCAACCGCCGAUGCUGCAGCUGGAACAGUACACUACAAAGGCCCACAGAGACAGCCUGGCCGCCAUGCACGCCCUCAAGCUUGAAGUGCUGGGCAUGCGAUUAAAGGUGCUUCAGCGGGAUGUCCUCGUCAUCGGGGCGCCUCGCAGUGCUGUGGGCCCCACAGGUGAUUUGACUGCUCUGGAUUUCAGCAGCCACAGCAACUGCAAGCUGCUGCUGCAGCCGGCGAUGCCGCUGCAGUCUUCGUUUACUGUUGAGGUGUUUGUACAGCUGCCGCUACCCCUAACCUGCAGAUACACCGCGUUGUGCUCAGACGCCGAAGGUAAUGUGCUGCUCUGCAUCGUUCAGAAGCAGUUGCGCAGAAAGCAGCAGCAGCAGCAAGGGGAAUCCGUUUACUUCGCCGACGUAGGCAUACUCAUACCUACAGAUGCAACUGCAGCAACAGGCUCCAGCAGCAGCGAGAACAGCGACAGCAGCGACAGCAGCGACAGCGGCAACAGCAACAGCAGCAGCAAGCGGAAGAAGAAGAAACGCGGAGUUGGGCCUGUGUAUAAGAACGGGUUUAUCUCGUGUUUGAGCAGAAAAGGAGCAGAGAAGGAGAAGCAGCACUUGCAGUCAGCUGUACAUACACCAGACUUCCAUCUGCUGCAUGCAGUACGAAGAGGAGAUGAAAUAACUUUCUUUUUAAAUGGUGUUCGUCUCGGAACCAUCGUCAGAGACUUCGCAAACAUGUUCACAGAAAUGGCUGCAAUUGGCAACCAAAUGCAGGGCGGCAAACCCUCCGCUGUCAUCGCAGACUUCAGCGUCCUGUGUCUUGCUUUGGAUCAGUCAACAGCAGCAUCUCGUUACCUGGAGUUGUCUGCCCUGCGUAACAGCGACAAACUGGGAGAUGGUUUUGCUGCUCUAGUAGAUGCAGCGAAUACUGCUGCUGCAGCUCCUGCAACAAGCCCAGAAGCAGCAGCAGCAGCAGCAGCAGGUCGCAUAGAAUUGGAUAUGCUGCUGGAUAUGAGUUUUGUGGUGGCAGAUCCCCGGCGACCGCGACAUGUAUUCGGUGUCUGUACACCUGAAGCGUAUUCAGCAGUGGUAUAUUAUCUGUCUCUUCCUGGUCGUCAGAUGAAGAAGUGUCCCUCUUCGGGUGUACACGGAGUGAGAUUUGUCUACGGUUGCUUCCCUUCUACUGCUGCUGCUGUUGGUGGCAGCACGAGGAAUGAAAGCCUGCUGCUGCUGCAGCCGCAGGUCCUGUUGCGGCGGGAGCUGUCUGCUGCAGCAGGCUACACCUUGGCUGUCUGGAUAUACACCCCAAUUCCCAAGACGGGGGCCCUUCAUGCCCUCAUCAGUGGCGAUGCAGAGACACAUAUUUGCAUUUCAGAUGAAGACGGCUCUGUGGGGGCGCUGCUGCUGCCUCCAAUCCCUUCUGUAGCUGCUGUAGCAGCAUCCGCAGCAGCAGCAGCCUCUGCUGCUGCUGCUGCUGCUUUACAACAAGAGGCUGACCCCGCAUCUGCAGAAGCCGCAGAAGCGGCAGCAGCAGCAGCUGCUGCUGCUGCUUCUGCUGACGAUGACCAGUGGUCUGUGUGCUCUGACGGCAUCGCACGUGAAUUGUUUCCUUCGGGUCUAAGUUUGGUGGGCGAGAGUGAGGGCUGGCAUUUGCUGCAUGUGGUGGCUGCAGCGACGCCUGUUGAUUCUGCAGCAGAACUAGCAGCGGCAGGAACCUCGCCUGCAGCAGCAGCAGCAGUAAGAGCAGCAGCAGCAGCAGCAAGAGCAGCAGGAGCUGGAGAAGACGCUGGGGGUACUGCAGCCUUCUAUUUAGACGGAGUCCCCAGGGGCCUUAUUCCCAGGGCUUCGUGGGACCCCAUUAAGUACAUCGGCAAUUCAUUAACAGGCAACAAACCUUUCGGCUCGUUCGCACAUCUAAGGGUUUAUGACAGGCCCUUCACCCCCCACGAGGUCUACCUAGACUACACAGGCAAGACCCACAGACUUUACUGGACUUAUCCGCUUCGUUUUGCCUUGACAGCAGCAAGGUCUUCAUACGCAGGUCCCCGUGCGGCUGGUCUGCACAGCAGCAGCAGCAGCAGCAGCAGCAGCAGCAAAAGCAGAAGCAGCAGCAGCGACGACCUGUCUCUGGAUCCCUCUAAAGUAGGGGAAGGUGCAGCAGGGAAGCCCCCCGAGCUGCAGCUGCGCAUACAGUCGGAUGGGGAAUACGUAGAUCUGCUUCCUGCUGCUGCAGCAAAAAAACAUGAGCUCGUUGUUGUGGGGCUGGGGCGCUACGUACAGGCCCCCGAUGGGCAGCUUGCUGCAUGCGACACCGCUGCAAGCAGCCGCCCGCUAACACAAGACAUGGAUGGAGACAGAGAUAGAUAUAGAGACAGAGGUAGAAGUAGUGCUACAGAUAGAGAUGGGGACAAAGACAAAGACAAAGACAAAGACAAAGACAAAGACAAAGACAAAGAGGGAGACAGUGAGGAAGAAAACAGAGACAAGAGAGCAAGUUUGCAUGUGGUACCCCCCAUGCGGCUCAACCCCAGUGGCUUUACUAUUGUCUCCUGGAUUCGUCUCCCCCUCAAACUCACUGGGGCCCCACACGCACUCGCAGGAGACGGCGCAGGCAACGCCUUCGUAGCAACAGAUGCACAGGGAAACACCCUAGGAGUGAUAGCUCGUCCUCGGGUACGUGCAGCUUCUCGCAUUUGUCGUUCGUCUUUGUCGGGGUUUGGGCCCUUUGUGCCUUCGGGUGUCUCUUUAAAGCUGCUAGAGAACGGCUGGCAUCACUUAGUUGCAGUAUGCUCAGAUAAAAGUACUUUCUUUUAUCUAGACGGCCAGCAUAAGGGAGCUGCGCCUGCAAGCUGCAAGGGGCCCUUAGCCGUCGUAGGCAACGCAAACCGUAGACCCUAUAAAAGCAUUCAUAAGAACGCAAACACACGCAAACCCAGCAGCAGCAGCAGCAGCAGCAGCAGCGGGAGCGACAGCAGCAGCGAGGAAGAAGAGGGAGACACAGGAGAAUGCAGAAUGCCUUUUGGGGCCCUGUACAACUUUCAGGUGUACAGACACCCCAUGACCCCACAACAGGUCGAGGAGCUCUAUCAACACGAAAAGAAACUCAUGAGCCUCCAUCGGGUAUCCGGCUGA